AAGAAAAGCAUCCAUCAUUAAAAUUGGUAAAUUCGGAGUAGUCCAACGUCGGACGACCGUGCGAGCGAGCGAGGGAGGAGAGAGAGUCGUCAUCUCUCCCUCUCGUACUGCUCAAUUUCGUGUCGGAAGAACUCUGGGGUCGCGUCCUCCCUUCAUCUCCAGGUUCUUUUUGUUCAAUUCAGUCUCUUUGAGCUACAUCUUUUUCCAUGGCUGAAAAUUCUGGUGGCACCGAGCCUCUGUUGCUUCGCAUCCAGCAGCUCGAGCGCGAGCGUGAUGAGUUACGUAAAGAUAUCGAGCAACUAUGUAUGCAGCAAGCAGGGCCUGGCUAUCUUGUUGUGGCUACUAAAAUGCAUUUUCAGAGGACAGCUAGCUUGGAGCAGGAGAUCGAGACUUUGAAAAAGAACCUAGCGUUAUGCACAAGAGAAAAUAUAAAUCUUCAAGAGGAGCUUUCAGAGGCAUACAGAAUCAAGAGCCAGCUGGCAGACUUACAUAGUGCAGAAGUCACAAAGAACCUGGAAGCUGAGAAGCAGCUAAAGUUUUUUCAAGGCUGUGUUGCUGCUGCUUUUGCUGAACGGGAUCACUCAAUAAUGGAGGCAGAGAAGGCUAAGGAAAAAGAAGAGACCAUGUUACAGAAAUUAAAUGAUGUUGAGAAGAGGAUGCAAGAGCUUACAUUGGAUUCUCUUGAACAGAAGAAACUUAUUAAUAAAUUGCAAAGUGAGCUAGCUAAGCAAGAAGAAAAUAAUGACAUGUUUAAGAAGGUUGUCGAUAUGUUUUAUGAGAUUAGACAGCGAUCUUAUCUGGAUUUUGAGGACAUGACUUGGGACCAAAAGUGCAUCCGCCUCUUAAAUGAUCCUCCAGAAAUGUGGACUUACAAUGACACGUCCACAUCUAAAUACAUCAGUGCCUUAGAAGAAGAAUUGCGGUUGGUGAGGAACUCUGUGGAUGAUCUUCAGAAUAAGUUCCGGGUGGGAUUGGAGAUUGAAAAUCAUUUGAAGAAGAAAGUUCGCGAGUUGGAGAAAAAGAGAGUAGGUUUGGAAAAAAUGGUAAGAAAUGUAAUAGUGGGAUUGCAUCAGCAGUAUUCUCUUCACAGAAUCCAUAUCAAGCAUAUACUCGAGGAGGAAAAUUCCCGUAUGAAAGCUACGGUGAAUGUGAUAAAAGAAAGAUUGAGCGAGUUCAAUCAGAGGAAGCUAGAAGGACAGCCAGUAAGUUUUGUGAAGCUUGAAGAAUAUGGAUGUCCAGAUAUACAUCCAAAAACUGAUGCUGCCUUCCCUGCGGUCUCUGAGGAGAGUGCUACUGGCUUCCCAGACAGUGGAGCUGAUAGAAAGAUUGAUGCAUCUGAUGCCCUUGCACAGGCAUUGCAAGAAAAGGUUUCUGCCCUAUUGCUUCUAUCGCAACAGGAAGAGAGGCAUUUACUGGAGAGAAAUGUUAAUGCUGCUCUGCUGAAGAGGAGUGAGGAACUUCAGAGAAAUCUAAUACAGGUUACAAAUGAGAAGGUGAAAGCUCUCAUGGAGUUGGCACAACUAAGGCAGGAUUAUCAAUUACUAAAAGAGAAAAUGGGCUCGGAGACAAGACAAGGAAGAGUUUUGGCUUCCACUGGAGAAAAAAGACUUGCUGCUAAUGAACAAGAUGGAAAAUUGAGGAAUCUUCUUAAGAGAACAUAUCUGAAGCAUUGGAUAACCCCAGGACAUGUUGGUGGUGCAGUAGAAGCACACCCUUCUAGUGAUGGUAGUAUAUCUGGCAGAAAAUCCAGCUACAGUAUGGACAUUGCCAGAAUGAGAAUCGAAAAUGCAACCCUGAAAGAGAGCAUGGAUAGCAUGGAGCAUAUAACUUCUUCAAUCCACAGGCUUCGUCUCGCACUUCUGCAGGCCAAAGCAUCAGUUGGAAUCUCAGAAGCUCUAGAAGAUGUUAUUUCCGAGGCAAAGCUUGUGAAGACUGCUCUCGGCAGCUGCCUCCCUGUUAGUUGGUCAGCUGGGAUGGAUGAGGAAUCUUCUCUAGAUAGUGUCAGCAGUGAUUCUGGUGAUUUAUUUGGCGAUCCUGGUGGGGAAAAAGUUGAUUCUGUUUCUGCAGCCGGAUAUGAGAUGGUGGAGCUCUUGAUACUCGCAGCUCAAACAUUGAAGGAUACAGCCGCUAAAACAGAGCCUGGAGUACCAGCUGCUUGAAGAGCUUGGAUCAAAAGUGGUUGCCUAACAAAGUAUUCUUUUAUUCUGUUGGAUGGCCUGAGAAAUGAUGGGAAAUCGCAAGAACCUUGCAUAAAUAUUACCAAGCAGACACAUGGGAAUUACACUGGGACUGGGAGUGGGUAAUGGAGAAGUCUGUUCCGUGUUGCAUGUUCAUUGUACCAGUGCUAUUCGUUUUCAGGUGCUGACCAAACAAAACCCUCUUCUUUGGGUUUAGAAAACUAGUCCCAUACGUGUACAUAAUUAUUGCACUCUCCUUUAAUAAGAUGUAGUGUGUUAUUCUGGUGGAAGUUAGUUUUCCGAAGUAAUGAAUCUUAGCCAUUCUAUUUGCUCCAUAUAUUAAAUUGGUAUCGGAAUAUCCUUCUCCUGCUGCAA